AUGUACGCUGCUCAUAAGCUCAACCUUCAGCCCCGGGUCUCCUUGCCAGAGACCUCCCCCGCCUUGCGGUGGACAGGGAAGGUUGACGAUGCGUCUGCGUUUCGGGUCUGGGGAUCUCGGGCGUUCGUCCGCGACUUGUCUGCGGACACGCUGUCCCCCCGUGCUAUUCCCUGCGUCUUCCUCGGUUUCCCCCCUGACGCGCCUGGGUGGCAGUUUUACCACCCCACCUCGCGCCGUGUUCUGUCCUCCCGGAACGUCACCUUUGACGAGUCGGUGCCUUACUACCGUCUUUUCCCCUACUGCACUGCGCCCCUCCCCCCGCCGCCUCUCUUACUUGCGCCACAUCCUCCCCCGGUAGACCCCCUCCCCCCUCAGGGUCCUGCCCCGUUAGGUGUGUCCCAGGUAGACGCAGUCGGGCCUUUUGAGGUAGCUGUUGACUCUGGUGCUGCUAGAGAUGAUGAGCCUGCGGGUGCCGGGUCUAGAGGUGCUGAGUCUGGGGGUGCUAGCCUGGGGGUGCUGAGCCUGUGGGUGCGGAGCCUCCAGGAGCAGGGUCUGCUCGUGUGGCCUCCGGCGGUGCUUUGUCGAGGCGGGAGCCGCUCUCUCUACAGGAGCUACGCGAGUGGUUUGCCCGCCGCUAGAGGUGCUGCUGAGACUCGGCGUGCUGUUGGGGCUACUGGAGCAGGUUCUGCAGGAGCUGCUGGCGGUGUUGGUACUGCUAGAGCUAGAGCUGCUGGGGGUGUUGGCACUGGUGUUUCUACUAGCGUUGGUGCGUCUUGGGGUGUUGCUGAGGCUGCUGGUGCUGAGGGUCCCACUGGAGUUGGUGCUGUUGGAGUUGGAGCUGUUGGGGGUGUUGACGCUAGCGAUGCUGCUGACGCUGGUGCUUCUGAGGGUGCUGGAGUUAGCGUUGUUGGAGCUGGAGGUGCUGCUAGCGCUGGUGCUGCCGCUAGGGGUACUGGUGCCAUCCUUGCUGGUUCUGGAGGCGCUGCGCGGCCGAGGCCGUACUUCGUUCCGCUCCAGGAGCAGCCCGCCUCCCCUCUUCCAGCUCCUUCUCCCUACACUGGUCCUACUGGAGGUCUUGCUGAGCGUCGUGAGCCUGCGUCUCGUCCUGCGUCGCGUGUUCCUGCUGCUCGCACUAGUGGUUGUACUGCGCGUCCCCGUCCUCCUGCGGUCCCCGGCACACACCAGAUGGUGCUGCGUCCUUCCACUGCUCCUCUGCGUGUCGCGUUGCCGUCUCCUCCAGAGUCCUCUCUUCCUACUCUUGCUGACCCGGAGUCUGACUCCCUUCGAGCUGCUAGUCCUUCGGUGACGCGUCUCCUUGCUACUAUUGUUACUGACCCUUCCUUUGAGUCCACUGUUGCGUCUGCCCUAGUUGCUGAGCUUGUCGACUUCGAUGCUCACUGUCGUCUAGACUAUGCUGCUAGUCUCGUUGCUGAGUCUGAGUCUGUCUGUCCUCCGUCCGUCGGGGGUGAGUGUGCUCUUAGCACAGACGUCCUUGAGGACAGGCAGGAGGAGUUCUAG